GGGCCACAGAUCCGAUCCGAUAGCCCAUUUAAUAUUUAACCUAAACUACUUUUUUUUUCUCCGGAAUUAGGGUUUUUAGUUUUUGCUGAGAUUUUCUUGCGUUCUCCACCGCCAUCAUGGUUCUUCAAAAUGAUAUUGAUUUGUUAAACCCUCCCGCUGAGCUUGAGAAGAGAAAGCACAAACUCAAACGUCUUGUUCAGUCACCGAAUUCUUUCUUCAUGGAUGUAAAAUGCCAGGGUUGUUUCAAUAUAACCACUGUCUUUAGCCACUCUCAAACUGUUGUGGUAUGCGGUAACUGUCAAACUGUUCUGUGCCAACCAACUGGUGGUCGUGCAAGGUUAACAGAAGGUUGCUCGUUUAGGAAGAAGGGAGACUGAAUGGUGUGUCAUCUUUACUUUUUCCAUGGUUGGUUGGAGAGUUUUUCUUGAGAGGCUUAAGAUGGAAUCAAUGUUUUUCAUAGUUUCAAUGUAUUAAAUUUUGUUAAGUUGUAAGACUUGAACCCCAACCUUUUCCAAGACUUUAAUCUAGUUUUUUAUUUACCUUGAAGUUAA